AUGCCACCAUCGGACAUGGAAGGACAGUCACCUCCUCCCGCAAAGAUUGUAACUGAUACUAGGUCUCACCGACAAUCGCGGGAUGCGGACCAGUCAAAAAGUCCUAGACAACCCACUAUAUCACCUCCAUCACCUCACAAAAAUGUCCCUCGCGAUGCUGUCGAGCAUCCGCCCUCUGCCGCCGCUAUAGCCACCGCUUUGACCCUGCGGUCCGCGCUCAGGCAGCCGAAUGCAACAAAGCAAAGCGGCCCGCUGCCCCCCGCUACGCCUGAUCAUUUGCUUGACGGGCGCAGCAGACACGGCUCGAGCAGCGCCCUUGCUGCCGACAAGUCGGCGUCAGCAGUGCCUCUCGCAGCACCACACGUGGCGCCCGAUGGGAUACCAGCAAGCAUAAGCAGACGUCAGGGCAUGGUAUUUGACGAGGAGGAUGUCGACAACUCCCCGGCCCAGACAUUAGACUCAAUCGCAACUUCCCUCUCACUACCGCAGCCUCCCUCCAGGCAAGUUGUCGCUCAGUCGCGGCAUCAACAGCAACAGCCGCAACAGCAGCAACAGCAGCAACAGCAGCAACAGCAGCAACAGCAGCAACAGCAGCGAGGUCACGGCGCCGGAGUUAGGCCCCGUACACGGACGUUGGAUGCCGCCAUGCUAGUUCAACGAGCUGCUCCCGCGGUGGCCGAUCAACGACACAGAGUUGCUAGUGUGAGCUCUUCUACCUCGCAGCCGCUGCUUGACGAGCAAAAGUCACCAGUCCCCGUAGUCGAGGCCGUCGGUCCUUCCGCAACUGCCAACCGCCUGCAAGAGCCGUCUACAUGCUCGACGUCCUCCAGGCCCAAGGACAAAAGGCCCAGCAAGCGCCUGCUGAAGCGCCAGCUGUCAAGGCCCUCUUCGCCUGUGCCGGCUCCGUCUCCAUGCAUCGACUCUUUCCCCCUACCCAUAGGCACGCCGGAACCUACAAAGAUCAUCAUGUUGAUGAAGACGCUCGGCGGACGCAUGCGCGGCGACAUUGACUACCAGGCCGAAGAUGGCGACAAGAGUUGGCGCGGCGGGGUGGCCUACAUUGACGAUGAAAAGGGCUGCCUGAUGUUCAACUCGGGUCAGGACGGACCCUUCUUUGUAACCCUCAUCUCUGACCUCCAUGGCUGCAUCGUUUCCCCCGUCCAACACCCCGACGACGGCCGAGACUGCUUGGAACUCCUCGCCACCGGCCCGACGACGGAAAUAUACCUGAGACCGCGGGCUCCCGAAGAACGGAACCUGUGGUUGGCCGCGUUGUUGUGUUGGCAGCAAACAAGAACCCGCGUCGGGAAGCCUCAGAACGGCGGAGGAAGCAGCAGUCCCGCAGGCAUCGUGGGACCCGGCAUCAGCAAGCCAGACGAGGCAAGUGACGGAUCCAAGUCCGCAACCAUCAUCAAGGUCGGGACAAUCAUGCUGUGGGACAAGGGUCCCACACGCUCCGCCAAUGACCUGGUUCAACGGUCGUCCACCAGGGACUCGUCCUCGCCAGCGGCGUCGUGGCGACAAAUAUGCAGCAUUCUGCAAGACAAUGGCGAGCUGAAGCUGCUGGUGGAAAAUGAGAGCGCGUCGCUAUCCGUGAUACAGCUAUCGCAGCUGUCACGUUGCGCCAUUCAGCAGCUGGACCACAGCGUUCUCGACGAGGAGUUUUGCCUCGCCAUUUUCCCGAUAUACGCAAGCACGGCCACGCAGCUUUCCAUCUUUCGUCCCGUCUACCUCGCCCUGGACAACCGGGUGCAGUUUGAGGUAUGGUUCGUGUUGCUGCGGGCGUUUGCCGUGCCAGAACUGUACAGGCUAGAUGCCGCCGAUCGGGAUUCCAUCCACGAGGUGGCCGACUUGGAAGAAGCGACGGGUAAUGAGGAAAUGUUUCGAAUAGAAAAGACGAUUGGUGUACGAGUAACAGAAGCAAAAGUCAAGGCGCAGCCCUCGGGAUGUGAUUUCCAGCCAGUCGAAAAGUCUUCCAGAGCCGAGCAGGAUGCGCUCGUCGGCAACUACCUGGCCGAGGUGAUUCUGGAUGGAGAAGUCCGGGCUCGAACGGCGACCAAACUGGCGACCAAGAACCCGUACUGGAGGGAGGAUUGCGAAUUUUCCGAUCUUCCACACACGGUGCAGGAAGUUUCCAUCGUUUUGAAGCGAACGACGGAUGGGCAUUGCGAUGCCGUUUCGCCCACAUCAGACUCGGCCCGAGCCGGCGGCGGCGGCGGCGGCGGCGGCGCGAGCGGCGCGGGCGGCGCAAGCCAGGAGCACCUGUGCGGCACGGUUCACAUCGCCUUGGAUAAACUUCAGCGCGGAAAGGACCACGAGGACUGGCUGCAGAUCAUGGACGACGGACAGCAGCCCAUCGGGUCCAUGUUGAUCAAGGUUUCGCACGCGGAGCAAAUCGCGUUGCUGUCAAAGGAAUACCAGCCGCUCUCCGACAUCCUGCACAAGUUCCCCUCACGGUUGACGACAAUGAUUUCGGCCUUUUUGCCUGGCCAGCUGCGACGGCUGGCGGAGAUAUUCCUCAACAUCUUUCAAGCGUCCGGCAACGCCGCCGACUGGCUGAUGGCGCUUGUGGAGGACGAGAUGGACGGCAUCGGAAGCCAGACGUCGAUGAAGAAGUUCCGGUUCAGCAGCCGCCUGAAAUCGAACGAGUCCAUCGAGUCGGCCAGCGACCGCGAGCUGCUGGUGCGGGACAUGGGCAAGUCGCUCGCGGGCGAGGCCAACCUGCUCUUCCGAGGCAACACCUUGCUGACGCAAUCGCUGGAAUUCCACAUGCGGCGCCUGGGGGCCGAGUACUUUGAAGAGGUGCUCCAGGCAAAGAUUGCGGAAAUCAACGAGCUGAACCCCGAGUGCGAGGUGGACACGAGCCGGCUGGCUCACGCCACGAGCGCCGACCUUGACCAGCGAUGGAACAGGCUGAUGCGCUUCACCACCGAGGUCUGGCACUGCAUAGCCGAGUCGGCGCACGCGCUGCCGAGCGAGCUCCGGCUCAUCCUCAAGUACAUCCGGGCGGUCGCGGAAGAUCGCUACGGCGACUUUCUCCGCACCGUGGCCUACACCGCCGUGUCGGGAUUCCUGUUCCUGCGCUUCAUCUGCCCGGCCAUCCUGUCGCCCAAGCUGUUUGGCCUGCUGCGCGACCACCCUCGUCCGCGGGCGCAGCGAACGCUGACGUUGAUCGCCAAGGUGCUGCAGAAGAUGUCCAACAUGUCGACGUUUGGCAAGCGCGAGGAGUGGAUGGGCCCGAUGAACCGGUUCCUGACGGCCCAGCGUCCCGUGUUCCGAAACUACAUUGACCAGGUUUGCGGCGUGCCGGCGGAGCGCGGCGGCGUGAAGAGCGCCCCGGCCGCCUACAGCACGCCCAUCGCCAUGCUGGGCCGGCUGGGGCCGACCACCAAGGAAGGCUUCCCCAGCCUGCCGUACCUGAUUGACCGCGCGCGGAGCUUGGCCAGCCUGGUGCGGCUCUGGGUGGACGCCGGGCCGCCGGACGAGGUCAAGAAGAGCCAGGUGGACGGCGAGCUGCUGGUCUUUGACGAGCUGUGCACCGGCCUCCAGAAGCGCGCCGACGCGUGCCUGGCCCAGGUGGAGCGGACGCGGGCGGCCAAGGCGGCGUCGCGGGGGUUCAUCGCCGAGGAGCUGGCGGAGACGCUGGAGCAGGCCACGCUGAUCGAGUCCCUGAGCGUCCCGUACUCGCUCCCGUCCAUGGCGACGACGAGCGACGGCGAACGGGGCCCCGGCAGCGACGGCAGCGACGGCGGUGCCGACGAGACGACGGCGAGAAGGCGGAGCAGGGAGCACGUGCGCAGGGGGAGGGACGGGCUCGAGGGCAGAAAGGCCAGCGGGCUGCGGCAAGUCAGCGGCGUGGGGAGCGCGGCCAGGGCCAAGAACGGCAAAGUAGGGAGGACCAUCUUGAACGGCAUCAUGAGGAUCGGCGGGCGGGCCGACAGCCCGGACGCCAAGGGCCACAAGUGA